AUGAGUUCCGCUGCCGAGCCUGCGGGCCGUCUAUACGGCAACGACUCGGACUUUUGGACUUCGGCGGACGAAGAGGAGUUCGAUGCGGAAUACGACGUUCCUCUUCCUUCGCGCGUCCUCGCGUCUCCAGCCGACCAGCCGAUCCCCUCCCUUUUCGACGGCCCCCAGGCUCUCUCGCACGCGCCUGCGGACGCGCCGGCGACGCUCUCGUUUCCUCUGCUUCCAUCGCCCUUGGCGUUUUCAGCCGUCCCGCGAGCACCGGAGGCUUUUCUGUGGCGAGCAGAGGACGAAGAGUUCCUCCGGAAGACCUUCGGCGACCUCAUCGUCGGCGACGCUUCGAUCCACGAAGGCGCGCGCCAGGCGGGCGAGAGCGCAGGCACACCGAGCGCCUCCGGCGGCGACCUCUCCAUGCCGGCGUUUGCGGGCGGCGCGGGAGAGAAGCGGUUCGCCGAAGACGAGGAUGUGAGUCUGCGCUUCCUUCCGUCGUCUUGGGAAGCCGCCGCUGAGCGCGAGAGUGUCGCUCGCGCUCGCUCGACCGGCGCAGCAGACGGCGAAGGCGCGGAGGUCUCUCAGGGGCCUCUCGCCUCGCUCUCUGGGCCGUCGCUGCUGGCGGGCGAAGAGAAACCUUCCUUUUUCUUCUACCCUCCGCUCGACUCAGAGGCCUCGUCGCUGCUGUUUGGAGGCGACCCUGGGAGCUCGCAGAACGCGCCGCCCGCGCCUCUCGUGGAGAUCCUGCCGCCGCUUCUGGCUGCGCGUCGCCCCUCAGCCCCGCCGGAAGCGCUCGCGCAGAAGGAAGACGAAGAGGAAGCCGGGCUCGCAGCGACAGCCGCGGCCGUCGCAGCCUCCCUCUCACUCACUCCCCAGGAGUCACCGCUACCGUCGCCGUCCGUCGCGGCCUCCGCCGGUGCCUCUGCCGGCGCUUCCGCUGGCGCCGCCGCCGCGCCCUCCGCCGCGCCCGCGGCCGUCUCCACGGGACUCGUGAGUCGCCCGCGGCAGUUCAUUCGCAAGCACUGGGCUGUGGAGGACAACUCGAGCGACGUGACGCACUUCCGCCGGCGCGUGCGGCAGGCACGUCGCGAGCGCGCCCGCGUCGCGGCGGAGGUGUCCCUGCUGCAUGCAGAGGACGGCGCGCAGCUCGCGGGGGGCGCUGGCGGACUCUCGGACGUGGCGUCGGAGCCGGACGAGGAACCGGAGGUGCUGCUGGAGGGCGUAGACGAAGCAAUGAGAGCAUGGAUCGCCGCGAUUCCUCAGGAGCCCGGUGACCUGUCGCCUCUCCAAGUGCCGCUCGCGCUCGAGUUUCCCUUCCCACUCGAUGACUUUCAAAAACGCGCGAUUCUCCACCUUGAGAAGUAUCAAACGGUCUUCGUCGCCGCACAUACCAGCGCCGGGAAGACGGUGGUGGCGGAGUACGCGAUUGCGUUGGCUGUGCGGAGGAAUAGGCGCUGCAUUUACACGUCUCCGCUGAAGGCGCUGAGCAACCAAAAGUAUCGCGAAUUCCGCCUCAAGUUCCCGUCGGUCGGGAUCAUCACGGGCGACGUCUGCAUCAACCCUGACGCGAACUGCCUGAUCGUUACCACGGAAAUUCUCCGCAGUCUCCUCUACCGUGGCGAUGCGCUGAUUAGUCAGGUGGACAGUGUUAUUUUUGACGAGGCGCACUACAUCAACGACAUCGAGCGCGGUGUCGUCUGGGAAGAGGCGAUCAUCCUCCUUCCCAGAGAGAUUAACAUGAUUCUCCUCUCAGCGACGCUGCCCAACUACCGGCAGUUCGCGGACUGGAUAGGCUCCGUGAAGCAACGCGAAGUAUUCACUCUGUCGACCGACAGGCGGCCUACGCCGCUGCGUCACUUCCUCUUCUUCCACGACAAGGCCUUCCUCCUCAUGGACGCCAAAGGGACGUUCCAAGCUGGCGCCUACAACGAAGCCUUUAAGCAUGUCCGCGAUAAGAGCGCGUCGUCUUCUGCCUCCUCGCAGAAGAAACCUGCGCUGAACAACAUGCCGCAGCGCGGGCGAGGAGGCGGCGGAGGGCGCGGAGGGCGCGGAGGCGGCGGAGCGAACUCGAGGCAGGGCGCGGCGCACGAGAGCUCGCAGCUGAGCAGCAAAGGCGUCUUCCAAACCGCGGAGGCGAAACUCAAGACGGAAAUCUUCAGGCUCCAGGGCCUCAUCAGCAAACUGGAGAAGGACGCGGAGCUCCCCGUCGUGGUAUUCUGUUUCAGCCGGCGAAAGUGCGAGACUUACGCGCAGGCGAUGCGAAAGGUCGAUGUCGUUCUGUCCCACAAUGACCGUUCCAAGAUUCACCUUUUUGUCAAGGAUUGCCUCAUGGCGCUGUCGCCGCCCGACCGCGAGCUGCCUCAGAUUCGCUUCGUGUGCAGUCUGGUGCAACGCGGCGUCGGCAUUCACCACGGAGGUCUCUUGCCAAUCAUCAAAGAGAUGGUCGAGAUUCUUUUUCAGCGAGGACUCGUGCGCGUUUUGUUUGCGACGGAGACGCUCGCAAUCGGCCUGAACAUGCCGGCGCGCUCGGUUGUCUUCUCGGCGCUGAUGAAGCAUGACGGCCAAAGGAAGCGGAUGCUUCUCGCCUCGGAAUAUACGCAGAUGGCUGGGCGAGCUGGGCGGCGAGGCAUCGACAGCUUCGGUCACGUCUACAUUUUCUGCUCAGACGACAUCCCAGACCCCAAGGAGCUCACUCGGAUGAUGAUGGAGAAGGCGAACCCGUUCUUUAGUCGCUUUCGCCUCACGUAUCAAACGCUUCUGCUGCUCGCCGCGCGCACGCACUCCAUGUCGAUGACGUCGUUCCUCGCGCAGUCCUUCAGGGAAGCGUCCCGAACCUCGCUCGUGCCCGUCUACAAGCGCGAUCUGAAGCGCAAGCAAAAGGAGCUGCGGGAACUUCCAGAAGUCCACUGCGUGUUUGGAGAACCGGCGAUUGAAGAGCUGGCGGAGGUUGAAGACCGCAACCGCUACGUCGUCCAGGAGAUGCACAUGAAACUUUGGCAGCACAAAGCCGCGGCGGCGUCGGUUUUCUGUUUCGGGCGCGUGUGCCUGCUGCACUCGCUCUGGCCUUCGCUGAAGACGUCGUGCCCAGCGAUUUUCCUCAGCACCGACUUCAGACCACUCGUCCCCAGCGAGCCGCCGACCUUCCGCAUGCUCAUCCUUCUGCCGCCCUGGGUGACGGCGGCCAGUCUGAAUGAGGAGAGCCGCGGGACGAACAAACGAGCAGACAGACGCGGGUUUUCCGCGUCGGCGGCUGAGGCGUUUCCUCCGCCUCCGGUCCUUGCCUCGGGGGUGAUUGCGUCUUCGCCCUCCUCGGGCUUGGCUUCUUUCGCGCGCGACGCCGUUGCCUCUGGUGUGCUUGAGUGGGUCGCGGUUCGGGGCGUGUCGCUGCUGCAAGUCGAGAUGCUCUGCGAGGAGACAGUCAAGGCGCCUGUAGGGACGUCAACGAAAAACUUCAGCGCCCUCAGCCCCGAAGACAUGCAACUCCUGGGCACCCUGGCGCAGGAUCUUGAGCGCCGCGUGUCGAACGAGGAGGCCGCGGGAGGCAAAGGCAAGGGGGACGCGUUGACGCCGCUCUCGUUUUCCAAGCCCCUUAAGCAGUUGGAGGUUGGAUUCGUCUCUUCGCUGCUCCUUCAGAAGGAUCUCUUCGCGCAGCUCCGACGAAACAAAUGCUUUACAUGCCCCUUGCGCGAGCAGCACAUGCAACUCGCCUGCGCCAAGCGCCAGCUCUCCGACAAGACAGAAGAGAUCCGCCGGCACCUGCACGAGGAGUCUUUAGAUCUCUAUCCCGAGAUGCAGGCGCGGCUCUCGGUGCUUCGCAAACUUCAAUUCAUUGACGAGGAAACCUCCACCCCCACCGUGAAGGGCCGCGUCGCGUGUCAGGUUAUGUCGGGCGACGAGUUGACACUAACGGAGUUCCUUUUCCAAAACGGCUUGGAAGGCCUCAAGCCUGAGGAAGUCGCUGCAGUUCUGUCGGCCUUCGUCGCCCCCGACGGCUCCGUCGAGCAGGUGCCUGCGCCGACGGCGGGCAUUCAACGCGCGCGCGAGCAGGCGGAGGAGAUCCACGUCGGCAUUUUGAAGCUGCAGAUCAACUCGGGUGUGCGCGUGGACGCCGAGGACUGGUGGAAGCUGUGCAAUUUCUCUCUCUCGAUGGCUGCGUACGAGUGGGCGAGCGGCGUCAGCUUCGGCGACAUCAUGCGGAAAACAAACGCGCAGGAAGGAUCGAUUGUGCGCGCGAUUCUCCGGCUGGACGAGCUUCUCAGGAAGAUCAAGCAGGCAGCCGUUUUGAUCGGUGACGGUGAUCUGGGAACAAAGAUGCAAGAGACCUCCGACCGCAUUCACCGAGAUAUCGUUUUCGCCAUGUCUCUCUAUCUGCAGUGA